AUGUGCUGCUGUAGAUCAGAAAAUUUUUGUGUAGAUGGACGCAAAGCUCGUGAUAAAGCCUUUGAAAAUCUACAGCCAGGUUCAGACCUAUAUAAGAUAGCUGAAGCAUUAGAAGAUAAUGCAUAUCAAAUUAAAGUUCCAUUGAAGUGGUAUUGCUUUGGUGUCCUUCUCCAUGAUGUUGCUAAGGAAGGUUGUGGUGUUUUGAGCUUAUCUUACUGUCAAGAGCUUGGCCAGCAAUUGAAAGUUAAUUUGUCACCUGAAGAAUCGUUAAGUGCUAUCAAGUUUCUCAGUUUUCUUAAUAGAUUGCUCUUUUAUCCUGAUUCACCUGCUGGUGACCUUGUUUUUGUGAACAUAGAGAGCCUCAUUAACAUUCUUAGAGACUUACUGGUGUUUGUCUAUGAUGCUCAUUCUGAUGCAAAAUAUCUACUUCCUGAUCAAAAAGCACUCGUGUGUAAAGGUCACCUCUCCAUUGAGAUUCUUAAAAAGGCAUCAAAAAGUUGUAAUAAAAUAUCCGAGGCAUUUCCUAAUUUUGACAAAAAGUUACUUGGCCUUUUUGAAUACCUUCUGAUUGCUGCUAGGUUAGAUGUACCUGAGAAAGAUACAUUCUUCAUGCCAGCUCUUCUACCUACAAUGGAUGUAUCUAACAUCAACCCCUACCCUAACACAACACCUCUUUUGUUGUUUUUUGAGAGUGCUAUUCCAAUGGGUCUCUUUUGUGCAGUCAUUGUUCAUCUUCUCUCUCACAAGGAAUCUCCUUGGAAAGUCGUUGAAGAGUCAAACUAUUCAAACUAUUUCACUUUACGAUGCCCUGACCUUCUUGAAAGUGACAUGAUACUUGUGGAACAACUUGACUGUAUUACAGUGUACUGUGAAGCAGCCAUAGAUUAUAUUCCAUCAAGAGAUGCUGUAGAAGAAGCAGUUGAUGUAGCAAUGACUAAGCACAAACUUAGUAAAUGUGAGAAGCCAGAAAGAGCAUUUUACUGUCCAUGUGGUAAAGGAAGGCAUGCAGCUGUAGUAUCAUGGCUUAAAACACAGCGUUGCUAUGUUUUUCGAUGCAAUAUCGACAAUAAGUCUCAAAAGAAGAUGGCUACAGACUGCUCGAGUUGGCUAGAUCAUAAGAGAAAACGACAGCAUGAUGAAUUACAACAUUUACCUGAUAUUUUGGAGACAAAUAUUGCAUACAAAGUUCUUGUGGAUAGUACAGAAGAGAUUAAAGAAUAUUUUGCUCAAGAUUUUUUAUAUAUUGCAAACAAGCUGCAGCAGAAGAAGGUGAUCACUGAGAAGGAAAAAAGGGCUUUAACUGACAGAAUGACUGGUCAAAAUGAGGAUCAACGAAUGGAAGAAUUAAUGAAGCAUGUUAAAAUUGCAGUUAAAGUUAAGGAAUCUGCCUUUUCACUGUUUACAGAUAUUCUUAAUGAAAAAGAUACUGUAGCUGCUAUAGAGUUUGCUGAAAAACUGAAGCAAAGAUAUGUAGAAUAUAAAGUAUCUUCAGAAACUGAUCUGGAAUCAUCAUCUAAAAGAACCAAACAGUACUUGGUCCAGCAGCAUUAACUGAUAAAAUAAUAUAAUUUAUAUAUACCUGAACAGUUUAUUUUUGUAACUUUUAAUUUAAUUUUUGAUAAAUUUGGUU